AUGUCGACGUUUGGAAUUUACAAGCAAACAGAGAAGAGUCGCCUUCAAGGAGGUUUGCUUUUAGGUGAGAUUGUGAAGAAUCUUACUUCAAUAACUACACAAAACCCCAAACAAAGACUCAAGCUCAUGAUGCUGUCGGCACAUGACACAACUGUAGCUGCUCUUCAGGCCAGUCUGAAUGUUUUCAACGGCAUCCAGCCUCCGUAUGCAUCCUGCCAUAUAUUUGAACUGCACAAGGAUGACCAAGGUGCUUAUACUGUAUCCAUGUUUUACCGCAACAACACAGAGCUCUACCCGUUGCCCUUACCUGGCUGUGCUCUUGACUGCCCCCUGGAGGACUUCCGGACACUUACAAAGCCCUCAAUUUCUGAAGACCGGGAUCAAGAAUGCCAGCUUCCAAUAACGGCAAAUGGAGAAGUGAUCAUUGGCCUUGCGGUGUCCGGCUGUCUGCUCCUCGUCAUCGUGGCCGUCCUCCUUGCCGUCCUCCUUGCCGUCGUCUGCCGGCAAACCGACCCAACGAGAGCGCGGGGAUACCACCAGGUGAUCAACGAGGGCGAGUCCUGA